AUGGGGGUGAUGUCAAGAAAAGUUUUACCCGUGUGCGGUAGCUUGUGCUUCUUCUGCCCCGCAAUGCGGGCAAGGUCCAGACAACCAGUGAAGCGAUACAAGAAACUUCUAGCUGAUAUAUUUCCCCGAUCACAGGUUUUUUUUUAAUUUUGUUAAAUCUGCUUAUCAUUCAGUAUUUCAAUUUCACCAAUUGCUUGACAUUCUUUACUCGAAUUUCUUCCAUACAACUGCUGUUUUUCUCCCCACAACUGAAGAGUUACUAAGUUAUUUUGCUACUACAGACGAUACAUUUCUCACAUGCCAUCAUGCUUCCUUCACAGAGAAACAAAUCAGAUUUCUCUGAUUGAUCACUUGUUUCACGUAUUUGUGAAAUAGUUUUAUUCUCUCGACAAGAUGGAUUUCACAUAGAUCAUUCUGGCUUCCUUAUACCUUUUUAAGCUAUGCAAACUGCACUUUACCUGAUGAGUGUGGAUGGUUCGCUCUGAUUGCAUAGUUAACCUAUUACAUGUUUUACUAAUAUUCCUGUUUCUAUCACAUAUAUAUGUAGUGGCUUUUUGAGUUGAAUGAGCCGGUGACAUAUAUCCUUCUUGUUUAGGAGGAAGAACCAAAUGACCGGAAAGUUGGCAAGUUAUGCGACUAUGCUUCCAGAAACCCUUUGCGCAUCCCUAAGGUAUCUUGUUCAAUUUUCUCCUUAGACAUGAAAUGUUUUUCGAGAUGAGGAUUCCAGCUUAAACCAUCACUUUUGAUUCAUUCGUUGAAUAUUACUUCAGUCUGACUGCCAAAAUAACAAACAGAAAUUAACUUAAUUAUAAAGCGGGAGUGAAAAGAUACGGUUUCUUAACUCAGUAUCACAUAAAUUACUGAAGUAACGGGUUUGGCUUAAGCAACUAAAAAAAUUAUGAUUCCUCCAUGAAUCUAGAUAUAAAUGGGACGUUGAUACUCUCAUGUUUUCUCACAUGGAGUACUCGAUGAAGAUGCAGAAAAAAUCUAUGGAAUUCUGUUCAAAAAGAUUGCCUCAGUUUGAUGUUAGGUUGUAAAACAGAAACGAUAUGCGUAAUGGAUUUCCAGAGGGUAGGGUUUUGCAUAGAGAGGAAGAUAACACUAUAAAUUUCUCCACAGUGAAUGUUCUAAGUGGACUUGCAACGCUAUUUUAAAUGUUUUCACUGUGUAGGAACAUCAAAUACAAAUCAGAAAUAUUUUCAAGAACGAUAUUGUACCAGAUUUUUGUCAUAGAGUUUGCCAACAUUUGCCAAAGAAUAAUAGAGAUAGAUGAACUUGAAAUAUGAUGCAUUAUAUGAUGGUUUUAUUUCUCUUCCCAUUGUGAUUUCUUACUCAUGAUGACUAUCUUUCAUAAGAAAAUAGUCAGAAUAUCUUUUACAUUAACUGAUCAUCAUAUAAAUCGUUGUAGUGCUCCCUUUGGUACUCACCAGAAAUGAUCAGCACUAAUGCUGUUUCACAGAAUGCUUCUGGUCUUCUCAUGGUCAGAGUCUGUGUCAAUGAUUGUUGAUGACAUCAUUUUUCCAGAGAGAAUACAAUUUCUCAUGGCUUCAGAUUUAAAUUUUUUGAUUAUCUUGAAUGGGUGAACGAAUUACUAAAUUUUAACUGUUUUUUUAUGAGUGUAAAAUUCAACAUUGAAACCUUUUAUGUCAUGAAUCAGCAAUUGUUUGCAGAUUGAAUUGCUGUUGUUAAGAUUUUAGUAUAUUGGCAGUUUAAUAUGUGGUAGCUUCUUCAAAUUUUGAGUAGAACUUUCCGAGAGAGAUCUUGACGAUUUACUCCUUGUUUUUGGUAAGGCUAACGUAGAAUGACCAAUAAAUUCUAUUUUUAUUUUUUAAAAUAUCUGGUAGGAGAGUGGACUCUGGUAUUGAGUCUCAAAAACGUAAAAAAUUACUUGAGGAGCUGUACAUAUUUGAAAACUACUCUUGGACGUUUUUUCCAUCAUUCUCCCUCCGAUCCAUUUGGAUGACUAUAAUUUUAUUGAUACGAAGGUUAAAAGUUAAGUUAUGAAAAAUUAAGGAUCCUAGGUAUUUUUGUUUAAAGAAGGGAUAACGGUUAAAUAUGAUUUCUGGAAGAUGGUUAGUGGAUGUUAUUUUAUUGGAGGUUGACGCUGGUAGUGAAUCUCCUGAAGUUUCAAAUCUACUCUAGGAGUAUUCAUAAUUAUACUUUUAUUGACUGAGUUUAACUUGCCAUUUAUGCAUCGUACAUCUUGAGUUUUUCUUAAACUGUACAGAGUUGAUGCCUUGAAAGAAUGCCAAGACAGAAAGUUUUCUCGUUGUCACAUUUUCAAGUACAAGAUUGUCUUAAUGCUUUAUUAUUCCGUGUGACUUCUUGGUGGUUAGUCUGGUUAUCAAUUAAUUUAUUUAUAAUAUUUCAAUUAAGUAUGUAACCUUUGAGAGGGGUAUCUCCUGUGAAAAUUACAAGAAAUUAAAAUAGGCGAUCGGAUUAAUUUAGAAUCAGAUCUAAAACAACUUCUGUAUUUAUUUGAGUAACCUUAGUGUGUAAUGACUGAACUCUAUUUGGUAAUUUUAGCUAUACGUACUGUGAAAGAUAUUUCUAUUACUUCCGAAUGUUCUAUAUUGCAUAGGUUUGUUUCGAUUUUAAAUUUAUUCAGUUGUUCUGAAAUAGCAGUCAUGAUUUCUAGAUAACAAAUUACUUGGAGCAGAGGUGCUACAAAGAACUUAGGAGUGAACAGUUCAGUUCUGCAAAAACAGUCAUGCUCAUUUAUCAGAAAUUAUUAAUUUCUUGUAAGGAGCAAAUGUGAGUUCUUCUUCCUAUGAAUCAUAAUAUGCAUCCUUAUUUAUGAUACUUAUAUGUCUGAAAUAUUAUCAUACUUUUUAGCAUGCUUUCUGGGUAUUAUGUUAUUCAUCAUACUUGUGAAGCCCCCCAUCCUCGAAUAAUAUUUAGUUUUUUUUUUCAAGUACUGAGUUAAGAUUUCUUGCGAAAUGCCCCUGCUGCAUGAUCUUUCCCAGUCUUCAUAUAUUCUAUUUCAACCUUUAUGUUUUUUUUUUCCGAGGAACCAAGUGAUAAUCUCACAGUAAUUUUUUUCUAAAGAAUAAAAUGUGAAAUAUAUAUAUAUAUAUAUAUUUCUUUCUUUUCAAGUGAUUAAAAAGUUUGCCAAAAUUGCAUUUAUACCUAUAAAGACCGGGGUAAAGUGGACUUCCUCCUUUUGUCCUUUCUUACCUGAACAACUUCGAACAAGCAUGUCUGCAUAGGCUCACACACGAAAAUACAAAACAGACUGGUAAAAUUAUAUAAAUGUGCACUGAUAGUGUAAAUUAUUGAUCUGAAAAUUUUAGUUUUUGGAUUUGAAUAGAUCUGGAUCAGUCAUGUUAUUUAACCUUGUAGCUCUUUCUAUGAGAGUGACAGACACCAGAUUAAGCCUUUAGUAUGAUAGGUGUUUGAAUAAGGACUGCAGGGUGGGGAUUCAGCGAUGCGAAUUCGUCCUAUAUUCGUUACUCUUUUGGGUCUCAGGUUGUCAAUUCCGUGUUGAAACUUACUGAAUUUUUGACAAAGCUAUGGGGAUUUCUAUUGAUCAAAUACAUUAAAAUUGAACUAAAGAGCAUGAGCCCAGCUCAACUUAAGCUCUUUAUUGCAAUAGGCUCUUGUACAAAUGGCCUUUGUUCUUUAUGGAUCGAGUCAGAUUUCACCAAACAUAUAUGUUGAAUAAAAUCAUUGGCUCUUUAUCACUUCUGUUAAAUCACAAUCGGACAAGAUGGGCAAAAAAUUGAUAUGGCACCUCAUCAAAUGAGAGAACUUAAGUAGAAUAUGUGGAAAAACUGAUUUGGUCCCAUGGAAAAUCAGCUCAAACCAGUAACGUUCAAGGGGACGUUCAAGAAGAAUUAGAGGUUCAGCUUAAUCAAAGCUCUUUAGUUCGUGGUUAUUUUGAAAUCAAAAGACGUUCUAGAUAUAGUAGAACUCGUUUGUUUAAGGGAGGAUACAAGCUUAACCAAAUGUUUCAAGUAGGUUUAAUCCCUUCGAUGUCCUUGUGGCCAUAGAUUUAGCGGUAAGAUAUAAAAUUUCAUGACAUUCUUGCGAGGAAUGUCGGCAUUCCGAUAGUAUAAAAUCCCACAUAGCCCUUUUCCUAUCAUCGCCGCUGGUAGUAUGGGGUUAAAUUUCUCAUUAGUUGGGCAGACAAGGGCAUUUAGGUUGUAAGUGAUAAAAUAUUCUCUGAUGGCCAAAAGUCACUGGGUGAAAUCUGUCAGUGAUUGUCAGCAUACUCCUGGCUUGAAAUAUAUUCUUAGCAACGACCAAAAGCCUCACGAUUGGUAAUUUGCAAUAAUGCUCCGGUAGAUUCUAUUAAAUAUAAUACAUCAAAAUUUCACUACACUUAGGAGCUGGAAUAAAACACAAUGUCUGGUGAAUAGAUGGAUCACUACCGUAAAUGAUUACAUAGACACCAGUGAUGGCAACAAAGAAGUCUGGUAUGUAAUUAAGGGUUAAGAAACACCUAAAUUUCCUUAGUGAAAACAAAAAAAAAACGUCUUUUGGGAAAAAUCAUAUCCAUAAAUUGUUAGCGAAUGAUAAUAUCCUAGAUUUAUGACUCGUGGUAUGCAGGAAAAUAUCAUAAACAUCUUGUGAAUGUAGAACGCAGAUGCUGCCGCUAACAUGCAAACUAUGGUUGAACAAUCACGUUAGUAACACAUUAACAAUCUAAAAGGCAUAUACCUGAUCUCAUGUCGUGUACACAGAUCAAUGAUCAAACAACCGACAGCAUCUUCAGAUUGGAACGCAUGCUGCCUAGCUGAGGAAUAGACCAAUAUCAACAUUAUAAUUGCUACCUCUCUAAAAUAUGCUGAUUUUUCCUUUUUUGUAUCGCCCCUACACAUAGUUUCUACUGAGUCCAUGGGAGCCUUUUUCCAUUGUACCCAAAAUUCCCCAAUAAAAUUUCUGGGAGUCUAUCCUCAAGAGGACACGUAAAUUUUAUCCACAUCAAUUUCAUUUUUGUAAUAACUCAUACAUUCUUCAAUUGCCAUCACCAAAUCCAUGAUGACAAUCUAUGGCUACAUUUUUUUGUUAGGGAAGGUGAAUACCUAGUCAUACUCACAUGCUCAAGUUCUAUAUUGUUCAGGAUUUUUUUUAAUUAUUUUCGUGAGGAAAUAUUGAUUUAAAUUGCAUAUUCGAAUAUUAAAUGGAUUUCUUAUUUACACAAUGACCUUCCAAUCAAUGAAUUAUAUCUCAAGUUUCUCAUAGGAUUCACAUACACCCCUGUGCUAAAUUUCAAUUGACCGCGGAUUAUGAAGAUUUCAGAUUAUUGUUUAUUUAAAUUUCAAUUAAUGCUUAUCUAUAUAGAUUUUUUUUCCCUCAUGAUUUAUUCAUAAUUUUAUCUAAUGGUACGUGUGACAGGCCACUUUUUUCAAGCAGCUUAUUGAGCAUAAUUUCUACCCUUUUGGAUCAAACACGACAUGAUGAAAUGCGCAUCAUUGGGUGUCGGACACUUUUUAACUUUGUCAAUAGUCAGGUAUGAAUACUUUUUUCUAAUGAGAUAAUUUACUUACAUACAAGGAAUGGAGAUCAGUUUCAUGUUUUUUGCGGAUAUAUCCAGUUAAAUUAAUCAUAUAUUUUUCAUAUUAUGUAAUGAUUUGAUCGGUCAUAGGUGGAUGGUAUUUAUAUGUUCAACUUGGAAGGCUUGAUCCCUAAGCUAUGCCAACUUGCUCUAGAAAUAGGAGAAGACGAGAGAGUCCAACCUUUACGCUCGGCAGGAUUGCAAGCCCUUUCUUCAAUGGUAUUCACUUUUUGUCUAUUUUUCCUAUCCAAUUUUUUUUAGGGCAUGUCGGACUUAUUUUUUACUGGAAAUGAAAGCUGAUUAACGGUUCUCUUUCCCUACAUGAUUGAAUGUCCCGCUGUGAAUUUGUACAUGAUAAAUCCAUAGCUCAUGUAAUUAUUUCCGCUUGAUAUAUGUUUAGUUGGGAUCCAUUUUUAUUUUAUUUUUUCAUUGAUAUAUUUAUAUUUAUUGAUUCAUUUAUUUCUUUACUUCGCAGGUUUGGUUUAUGGGUGAAUACUCGCAUAUUUCAGCAGAAUUUGAUAAUGUAAGGAGUUAUCGCAUUAAAACUAUUUUAAUCCAAUUAAUCGUGUACCAGAUAGUUUUAUGUCUAUGUGGAGUUCCGCGUCAAUGGAAAAACUAUGCUACCCUAACUUUCUUGUUAUACUAUUUUAGCUGCGGAAUGAUUACUGUGUUUUCAUCAAUCCUGUGAAAAUUUCUCUUUCAUGUCAAAAUGUAUUUGAAUUUUUUAAUUGCUUCAUCUGCAUAGGUAGUAUCAGUAGUCCUUGAAAACUAUGGAAGUCCCCUGAAUAAAGAUGAGAGUUUUGAUCAUACCAAUGAAGGAACACAGAAUAAGUGGGUACAAGAAGUACUCAAAGUUGAAGGCCAUGUCUGUUCUGCAUCUGCCGUCAUUACAAAGGUUCCAUCUUGGAAAAAGAUGGUAAACGAGAAAGGAGAAUUAAACGCGACUUUGUAAGGACUUUAAAAAUUAAAGAUAUGACGUUUUACUGCAAAUGCUUUUGUGAUAUUUUAUCUUCUGAGGCGUCCAUUUUAUAAAACGGAUGUAUUAUAUUGAAUUUGCACAGGGAAGAAGCCAGAUUCCCAAGCUUUUGGUCUAAAGUUUGUGUUCAUAACAUGGCCAACCUAGCCAAGGAGGCCACAACUCUACGACGAGUUCUGGAAUCUUUAUUUCGCUAUUUUGACAGUUGCAAUCAAUGGUCUCCGCAACACGGGCUUGCUCUGCCAAUAAUGAUGGAUAUGCUAUCUUUGAUGGAAAAAUAUGGUAGGGGGUUCUAUCUGCUUUUUGGUGUUUCAAUGAAGUCGGUUCAUGGUUAUCUUCCUCUAUAUUCCUAAUGUGUUUCAAUGAAGUCGCUUCAUGUCUUAUCAUAUGCUGUUCUUCUAACAAUGAUCGCAUCAGUGGGGAAAGACACUCUAACAUCACUGCCUAUUUUCUCAUCUAACUAAUCGCUUUGACUGCCUAUGUUAGAUAAUUUUCAAUGUGCUAAAUAAUUUCCCCUUAUUUCUAUUUUAGGGCAAAAUGCGCAUCUAUUACUGUCCAUAUUGAUCAAGCAUCUUGAUCACAAAGCUGUCUUAAAACAUCCUGAGAUGCAGCUGAACAUUGUUGAAGUUGGCACUCGCCUUACUGAAAAAUUGAAGACCGAGCCUUCUAUUGCUACAAUGGGGGCAAUAAGUGACCUCAUGAGGCAUUUGCGGAAAAGCAUGCGCUGUGUAGCUGCCGAUAUGAACAUGGGGGAUGAGAUGGUCCAAUGGAAUAACAAAUUUCAUGCAGCUGUGGAUGACUGCCUUGUACAGUUAUGCCAUAAGGUGGUUUUCUUCUCUAUUUCUGGUUUUGGACGUUCUCCUUUUCUUUAAAUGCUUUGUGAAUUUAUUGUAAGCUUAUCAAUUGUAACUCGAAUUCGAAAUAAAAUAGAAAUAUGGUUCUAGAUAGACUCAUAUAGGGUGGGCAUCCGAGACCCAGGAUAACUAUUUCAAACUGGAUGUUUGAGCAUCUUUGACAUGAAUAUUUCAAUAUCUCCAGUUCUCUUAUUUGUGAAACAUUCCUUGAUAUAUAGGCGUGAGAAAAUAUGAGAUUGUUUAAAAUUAAGUAUCUUCCCCUCGAGAUGUUCUUUGUCGCAUGACGUAAAUCUUUUUCUGUCCACGUCAUUAGCAUCGGAUGUGGUUGUCAAAAAGAAAAUACUUCUCACUGCGGUACCUCUGAACUUUUUUGUUUGAGAUGUUUCUUUUCUUUGUCUUCAGUUAUAGAAAUAUUCAUGAUUUUAUUUUUCAUGAUCUCCAUCGCCAUUGUACGAUAUUUAGGAGAUAAAAUGCUAACAUAUUUACUUUCUAACAGAGCCCUUUUAACUUUUUCACUUUCGAUCAUAAUGUCUCUCUUAUGACUUUAGUUUUAGGAGUCUUGUCUUUUGGUUUCUGGGGGGGCCUUGGAGCUUCAACCUACGGCCAAGAACAACAUAUUCAAAAUCCUCUUUAGUAAACACACUGUCAUUUAUUGUUCUGUAUGCGGUUAUUUUUCUGCAAAGUGCCCUCUCAUAAUUUCUUGGUUUCGUUAAUUUUCAUAUAUUUUCUGCAGGUGUACAUAGUAUAACUGUAUAUAUAAUCUUAAACGAUCAUUUUUUUAAAUUUAAUUAACCAUACUGACGUAUUACUUGUGAACGUUGUUUUCCUACGUAAAUGUCACUUGCAUGUAGCCCAAACCUUAUGUCGUGGUCCUCUCCGGUUGUCACCAUAGCAAACUAAGGUUGCAGGUUGAAUUUCAAAACAUCCUGACUCCGAGACUGUGCAGAUGCUCCGUUCCCUGUAGUGUCUUCCAGGAGAGAGAGGAACCAUAAAGUCGGAGCUCAUACAUCAGUGCAGUUUGCUAGUAGUACAUUCUGCAUCUCCCCACUCUUCGUCAGUAGAAGAUCAAUUCAUCUAAAGCACUCAUCUUUCUCAGUGAGGAUAUGCAUUUUGAGGUGCAGUAACGACAUGUAUGGUGUAUCUAUCAUGAAAAACUCACUUUACCAAGUUUUUUUAUUUUAUCAAUGUAUGGUGUAUCUACCAUGUAUGGUGCAUUUUGAGGAAAGUAUGCAGUAGUCGCCCUUGUUAUUACUGGACGGAAGAACAUAAAUGCACAUUCUAUUCAGGUUGGAGAUGCGGGGCCAAUUCUUGAUAUAAUGUCCGUGUUUUUGGAGAACCUCUCUACUUCUGUACCCAUUGCGAGGACAACAAUUUCCACUGUAUAUCGUACUGCACAAAUUGUGGCAUCAGUAGCAAACCUGUUAUACAACAGCAAGGCAAUUACUGCAUACUUUCCUCGUAUAUCUUUUUACUUUAAUGUUUGGUUUUAGCAUUGUAUUCUAAGAAAAUUUAUAUAAUUCUUAUUUCAGGCUUUUCCUGAAGCAUUGUUUCAUCAGCUACUACUAGCCAUGGUUCAUCCAGAUCAUGAAACACGCGUAGGGGCUCAUCGUGUCUUCUCUGUAGUUCUCGUUCCAUCCUCUGUCUGUCCUCGUCCUCGCAUGGCAAAUCAUGAUGCUCCAAGAGAAUAUGAUUUUCGAAGGACACUUUCAAGAACUGUUUCUGUCUUUUCAUCUUCAGCUGCACUCUUUGAUAAGUUAAGAAGAGAUAAGUCACCCUUGAGAGAAAAUAUUUGCCAAGAAAGUGCGGACAGAGCUAUUAUUAUGGAUGAUGGGCUACUGAAAAACAACAAUGAUGCAGUACCCAUCGGACUUCAACCGUCUCAAAGUAGAAUUCAUAGCAUGAUAAAUGCCCAUUUAUCUUUUUCAGAUGAAAAAUCCCUAUGCAUCUCAUAUAAGGACAUGGUACGUCAUACUGAACUACAUGAGGAACCAAGCUAUUUUUCCGCUUUCAUGGAAAAGUUCCAUUAUCAUGGAACGUAUGAUUCGUUUAUUGAAACCUCAUAUGACUGUUUUCCAUCUGUUGUGCUUCAGGAACCAAUUUCUAUGAGGUUGAGCACCCGUCAGAUCAUACUUAUGCUUUCAUCAAUUUGGGCUCAAGCCAUUUCUCCUGAAAAUACUCCAGAAAACUAUGAAGCAAUUUCUCAUACGUAUAGCUUGGUGCUAUUGUUUUCUCGAGCAAAGGUGAGCGCUGGCCCAACUUGCUAUGGUAAUUUAUUUAUUUUUUUGGCUGCUUUUCUGGGUAAUGUGCAAAAGACUAGGGGUCUUUAUCUAUAUUCAAAUAUUUACAUUUCCUGCUGGAGAUUAUUUUUUUUGUGUACUAUUAUGUAAUACCAUAAGGGAAAAACGAGGAUAUGGGUACGGACAUUUUUCUCUUAAUGCAAUGACUAGCAUGUUCUACAGGUUGAUGAACUUGCAACAAAUUCCUCAAGCAAAACUUAAGUUUGUGCGGUAUUUUUUAUUCUUGUUUUGCAGACCUCAAUCCACGAUGCUAUUAUCUCGUGCUUUCAACUCGCAUUUUCCUUACGGAAUGUUUCCUUAAGCGGAGGUAAUAUUUAUUGUACUUUUAUUUAUAUGAGUAUUACUGGCUAAAAUUUGUGGAAAAGCUAGUUCUUUGUAUCCUUGCGAUAUGUUUUGGUCACAACAUAGCAUGAGAAAUGGAAAAGAUUGUACUGCAUCCGUUGUUUUCCUACGUCAUGAAAAUGUCUGAAAUUCCCCUUCUGCUAUAUGUUUUCUCGGUUACUAUUUUUAUUUUUAUUUCAAUAUAACUCUUGCAACUUUAAUGAAUAUGGGGCCUGAAUCAAAGAGCAGGUCCGUGGGUAGGGCAGGGCGGUUUUUCAUCGAGUUGCAAAGCGCUCAUUGGCUCAUGAAAUCCUUUUAAGAGUUGAAAUUCUAGCCAACCUCAAGUUUCUUUGGACAAGGCCUGCUACUGAUUUAUUACUUCAAUAGUAAAUACUGGUUGGUAUUGGUCACCACUUUCUUGAUUGGUCACAGCAAAACAGCUGUGGUCCCUCUUGAUCAGUCUGAUUCAUUUCCUAUGGAUGGCAUUGAUCACGGGAAGAGUUGAUCUUCUUCGUUCAAGAGGAUAAUAUUUUUGGUCUUAUUGUUCAGAAAUGGAAUUAUCUCCUGCCAUCUGGAGAACUACUUUGUACAUGACAGGGUCGAAACCUCGAAAAGCACUUCAUGAGGAAGGAGAAGUCACCUAGAAACAUUUUGGAAUUAAUGAGAAUAGUGCCUAAGAUUUUGUAAAUGCUGUAAGUUCAAAGAAUUAAAGGCUGGAGAUGACCUGAACUGUAGCCAGUUCCCUAUUCACCAUUUCAUUUCUUAAUUUGGGGCUCAUGCUUUUUCUGCCCGUAUUAUUCCUCGGGCCUUUCACUUUAAGCUUCCAGCGAAAGAUCAAGUGUCUUUUUUUCUAGUUAAUGCAAGCAAUUCUUCUGUUGAAGGAGUGAUUGAUACUGGCUUGAAUACGAUGUCACCAGCGUUUUAAUGCUGAAAAAUAUAUCUUUAAUACUCAUUCUAUCAUUUCUACAUCUUACUCUCUUGAGUUACUUGUUUGAAUAGAUUAUGUGAACCCGUUAAGAGAAAAAAAAAUUUCAGUUGCCCAUACGCUGGUUCCACCUUAAUGCUUGAUUCAGCCUUCCUUUUGAAUUUUUUUCAGUUAUCGCUUUCUAUAAAUGUGAUAACACUGUGAAAAUAUUCCAAACUGAUAUGAAAUAACUUAUAGUUGUUUAUUUUUGUGUAGAUACUGUAAUAUUCCUUCGUGACCGGUUAUAGUAUACGAUUUCUCAAUUUUUUUUGUCGUAUUACCUGCUAAAUGUGUUGCAUUUUUAUAUCUUUUGGCACUCUUGCAGCUUCUCUACCACCAUCACGACGCCGCUCUCUCUUUACCUUGUCAACCUGCAUGAUUAUAUUCUCUUCUAAAGCUUACAACAUUCCAUCUCUAAUCUCUUCUGUCAAGGCAUCACUCAAUGACACGACAGUAAGUAAACAUUUCCUGCAUAUAUUCUUACUGGUCUAGUGACAUGUUAUCGUCGAUGGAUAUGAACAUAUGACCGACUACCAUUAAUAUUUGUCUCAUAUCGUGAACAAUCAUUUUGGUAUGAGGUCAUGCUCGCCAUUGGGAAUAUAAAAAUGAGAUAUAUUCUGCCAUACUGCCAAAAAAGGAUGAUUAGAACACAGAAAUAGUCCAUAGUACGGAGAAAGUCGUGCCAAGUUGAACACUGUGAGAAUGGACAUGGCCUGUACCAAAAUAAGAUAGCUCAUGGCAGCGGCUGUGGACUGGCUGCAUGCGGAGGAAGAUGGUGUCUGUACCAAAUUAUCUUUACUCGUGGGUGGUUUUUUAUGUGCCAGGUCGAUCCAUUUCUUCGUUUGAUUGAUGACUGCAGACUACAAGCUGUAAAAAGUGCAUCAGAUAACCGGUGUAAUGUUUAUGGUUCGAAAGAGGAUGAUUAUGCUGCUUUGAAGUCUAUUUCAGCAGUUGUGAUGGGCGAGGACCAGGGCAAGGAAUCCCUUGUUUCUAUGAUCAUCAGGAGCUUGGGAGACUUGCCAGAUGUAAUCUGCUGUUUGAAAAUCUGACCUUCCUGUGAAUCGAUUUGACUGAAUUCUCAUCCGCAUCAGUGGUUUUGACUCCCAAACGUUUCUGCAGUCUGAGCGAUCAGCAGCAAGAAAGCAGCUGCUGAAUGACUUCUUGCCUGACGAUGUCUGCCCCCUGGGGGUUCAGAAUGUGGAUAUAGCUGGUCAAAUCGCCUCCCUCAGUUCCAAUGACUGCAAAUCUGAAGAAGAGGUAAUGCCGGCUGAUUAUCCAUAGCAAGUACACACUCACACAUAUUGAACAUCCACUGUCACAAGUCAACCGCUGUGUUUUUACAGGUCAUGCCUGGAUGUUUCUCAGUAGAUGAGGAUCCCAUUGCUGAAUCUUUCGAAAGUCCACUGGAGGCAAUACUGGAGCUAUCAACAUCCGACACUAAUCUCAUAAGUGUAAAUCAGCUUCUGGAAUCGGUAAGAUGAUCAUUUCCUCUGCCUUAUUUUCUUUCUAGUUUCCAAGCCUAUUCAUUGGUCAGAUACUGGAUGGGGGAGAGAACUGGGUUUGGGUUACUCUCAUUCGAGGAUUUCUAGCUUCCGAGUCUGAUCCUUGGUCAAAUAUUUAGCUCCAUGAACAUGUGAUGCCAACUACAAGGAUUUUCAGAGGAAAAGAACCGGAGGUACCUCUAUAAUUAGUAGUGAAUAUUAUUGGGGUUCAUCUGCCAAGAACAUUCAUCCAGGGAAGGGUGAGAUUUCUUGAUAUUCAGGUUGUAGGUGACCCUCUGAAAUCCUCUCAUCUUUGGAUGCAUAGCCUUCUGGGUCCGUUAUGGGGGGGACCCUGUAGAUCUGUCGCUAUACAUGCACAUAUUUCUCAUGUUUUCUAUAGGCUUCUGAAAGAACGAGCCUUCUGGACAUUAAUGGGGGGAUUUUGUAGAUCAUGACUCAUGUGCUUAUUUUUCGAUCAUAUUUCUAAAAUGUCUCAGAAAAAUAACAUUUCUUUAUGUUCUAACUUUUAAAAAUCGAUUAAAGACCAUAUAUUAUUAUUAUUAUUAUUAUUAUUAUUAUUUCGUUAAAGUUGCAUCAUCAUAAAUGUAGCUUUCCUACGAUAUAAUUACCUUGUCUAAGGCAGAGGUCCUCAUAAUCUCUCUAAUAAUUUAAAAUAAUGAAAGAAAAUUACAGUGAAUCCGUUGACUUUUUGAAAAACGUAAUUUAGCAUCAUCAUAAUCUACCUUUCUGACGAUAUAAUUGCCUUGUCUAAGGCAUAGGUCCUCAUAAUCUCUCUAAUAAUUGAAAAUAAUGAAAGAAAAUUACAGUGAAUCCGUUGACUUUUUUUAAAACGUAAUUUAGCAUCAUCAUAAUGUACCUUUCUGACGAUGUGCUCAUAAUCUCUCUAAUAAUUGAAAAUAAUGAAAGAAAGGUACGGUGAAUCCGUUGACAUUUUUGUAACACCAAGCUGAUCUGGGUGGCGACCUCAUAAAACAGGUUGUUUUUUACGUGUGGCAUCAUCGUAUGCUGUGCAGGUCUUGGAGACAGCCGGGCAAGUAGGAAGGAUGUCGGUCUCCACCACCCCCGACAUCACAUUCAAAGAGAUGGCCGGUCACUGCGAGGCUCUUCUCACAGCAAAACGAAAGAAGAUGUCUCUCUUCAUGAGCUCUCAACCGGGGCAAGAAAUUCCUCCAACUCUCCUCACCCAUGAUGGCGGUCCGGAAGACUACUACCCCCCUUCCUUGCAGACCGACGAGCUCUACGCGGUAUGCGAUCUGAAUGCCUCUGAUUUCUAUCCAAAAAAAGUUGACUUUUAGUAAUCUGGAACCGGUUUCUAGUUCUUGAUCUCCUCCUCAGCCCAUCUUGAAAAUUUCCCUUCCUUGAUGUGUCUCUUCUCCUUUUCUCUUAUUAUGUAAUUCUAACAGUCUCCAUCACCUAACAGAGCUCUCCUCACCCCGCAUAAUGGGUGAAUCCAUGGUUGACUUUUAGUAAUCUGGAACCGAUUUCUAGUUCUUGAUCUCCUCCGCAGCCCAUCUUGAAAAUUUUCCUUCCUUGAUGGGGUCUUCUCCUUUUCUCUUUUUAGAUAGUUCUAACAGUCUCCAUCACUCUUCAUCCCGUAUAAUGGGUGAAUUCAUGGUUGAACAAACCUGAUUUCAAUCUGAAUGCCUCUGAUUCCGAUCCAGAAAUAGCUGACUUCUAGUAAUCGAUAUCUAGUUCUUGAUCUCCGUGCUCCAUCUCGAUAAUUUUUCCAUCAUGGGUCUUCUCCUUUUCUGUUUUUAGAUAGUUCUAGCAGUCUCCAUCACCUAACAAAGCCCCCCUGCCCUUCACAAUGGGUGAAUUCAUAGUUGAAAAACCCUAAUUUAUAGCAUUUUUCUUGCCCUUUCUCGAUUCCCCUCCCUUCUCGCACAGACUCUCUUCCAGGAUCUCAAUCUGCUCUCCAUGAUCACGCGAUCGGCCAAUAAAUAAAUAAAUAAGUAAAUAAUCCAAGGAAGCCCACUCGUCUCCAUCCUCCGCCCUACUUAAUCAGUUUCUCAUGAUCGCAUAAUUGGGCAAAAUUCUUUUUCAGGGAAACCCAUUCCUCGACCAGGAAUCCAGCCCGAGCAUAAUGCCGCCGCCGCUGCCGCCGCCUUCCGGUGGCUCUCCGUCGGUGUGCUCCACAGAUCACAUGAUGAGACUUCCGGCGUCCAGCCCUUUCGACAACUUCCGGAAGGCCGCCGGCUGCUGA